CGAUCUCGCGAGUCACUUACAAGGAGGAGCUCCGUGAAGGAGACGGGGGCAGAGGUUGAUUUCCCUGACAGAGUUCAAGGCCAGCUCCGAACCCGCCUCCGUCCAGAUCCAGGCCUCCUCCCAUCCACCACAGCCGCACUACCUCUCGCCGGCGUCCUCUCGGACUUGGGGUUGGUUGGCUUCCUUCUUCUUCAGCUGGAGGCCGGGCGAUGGGGGUUGUCAGGAGGAGGAGCCUCGGAUCGGGGGUGCUCUUGGCCCUUGUGCCUCGUGGCUCUCCUGCGCGGUGCCGCGGCCAUCCGCUUCGUGAUCGACAGGGAGGAGUGCUUCUCCCACAACGACGACUACGAAGGGGACACCGUCCACGUGUCCUUCGUCGUCAUCAAGGCGGAGACGCCGUGGCAUUACACCCAGGACGGCGUGGAUCUUGUGAUUAAAGAUCCUAGAGGUGAUCAAAUCCAUGAUUGUCGUGACAAGAUUAGCGAUAAGUUCGAAUUCAUAGUUCACAAGCGAGGUGUCCAUCGCUUCUGCUUCACUAAUAAGUCACCAUAUCAUGAAACGGUGGACUUCGAUGUGCAUAUUGGCCAUUUUUCAUAUUUUGACCAGCAUGCCAAAGAUGAGCAUUUUGGCCCUUUGUUUGAACAAAUUGCGAAGUUGGAUGAGGCCCUCUACAACAUCCAGUUCGAACAGCACUGGUUAGAGGCCCAAACUGACCGCCAAGCAAUAUUAAACGAGAACAUGAGCAGGAGGGCAGUUCACAAGGCACUCAUUGAAUCAGCUGGCCUAGUUGCAGCCAGUGUUGUGCAGGUCUACCUAAUGCGCCGCCUCUUCUAGCGUAAGCUGGGGAGUUCUAGGGUCUAAUUCUGUGGUAGCAGCUCUCCUUUUGCUGUCAGCAAAACAGAAUGUCCAUAUCGCAUUGUAUCAUUGCAAGAUUGGGUACAUACUGUUCAAUUGUUCAUGAAUUUUGUUCCAGAACUAUGUAAUUCACUCGACAAAGUGCAGUGAAGCAUUAAAUUUUUUAACAUCCCAUUUCAAACAAAAA